AUGUCGAACUUUCAGACCUCGACAAUGGACUACGACAUGGACAUCUACCUGAUGAUGUCGUGGAGAGAUGCUCGGCUUGUCACUCCAUAUGACAAGCCGAUUCUCGUCAAAGAGGAAGAGAUACUCGAGAAAAUCUGGCGGCCAGAUCCUUUCUUUGCCAAUGCCAAAGAAGCAGAAUUUCAUGAGGUUACCUUCUUGAACUUCCUCAUGCGUAUCUUUCCCGAUGGGCUAGUACUGUAUGAAACCAGGGUCAAAAUCAAACCAUCAUGUAACUUGAUUUUGUGCAAAUAUCCACACGAUAAGCAGACUUGCGAUCUGUUGAUCAAGUCAUUUGCGUAUCCCGUCGAGACAGUUCAAUUUGAAUGGUUCACCCGCAGAGCAGAUGCAAUUGACAAAAAUCCUGAUGUCAAACUACCGGAGCUCUACAUCGAUCGUUAUGAGCCAACGACAUGUACCAAAGCUAGAAAAUCAGGCGCCUUCUCUUGCCUUCGAGCCGUGUUCCGACUGAAACGAGACGUUGGAUUUCACAUAGCACAGACGUAUAUUCCAACGUCUUUAGCGUUGAUGUUUUCUUGGGUAAAGAACCUUCACCCUAAAAUGACUUAA